AUGUCUUCUACGGCCAUCCCCAAGGUUGUGCCCGCACAACUGUCCUUCCUUGCCAUCUACAAUCCUGAUCUGGGGAGGUCGGACGAGACGUUCCACAAACAGAUCGUCUUCUAUUACUCCAAGGCUGCAAAGGCGCGGUCCAGACUCCAUGGAAACGACACACAGGCCGAACAUGACUUGCGCGAGCAAGAGAAUGAGAAACUGCGCCAAGUUGGCCUCGCGCAGGGUCUGUCCAUCGACCUUACCCAACUUCCAGCCCAAAACCACUCGAGCGCCAUCAACGGAGACAGUUCGGAGCCCUCAGUUGAAUACUCCUCCCGCGAAGUGAGCCGACCGGCCCUCCUGAUCCAGCAGCUCGUACGCGCGCACAACAUCUUCCUUCUUCACCAUGGCAUAACCCUCGACGGCUUGCUCGACAAGCACGAUCGCACCAAGUUCUGCAAUAUACUGGAGAAAUACUGGUCGCGAUUUGCAGGCAACUGGGACGUGCUCCUGCACGGUAGUCCUGCGGUGGGCAUCUACAAUGGUAUCAAGCUUGCAGCAGGUGGCGAGCUGGGCAUGGGUGUGGGCGAAGAAGAGUGGGGAAGCGGAGAGCGUCUGGUGCUGGAGGACUUCGUGCAAAAGACACACGGUCUGGUGGACUUUAUGGUGUCUCGAUUCGGCGAACCUUCGCCUCUCCAGGACCCCAAAAAAUAUUCCAACUCGAAAGAUCCGGUUGAAGUUCCAGAUACAGAACCCUGGAUUGGGAGCGGAAGAACACCUACUGCUGCAGAUGGAAUCGUCUUCUCUGGAGUAGGAGCUCUCACCAGAAAGUCGCUGCGAGAUUUGUCACACUGGGUCGAAACCAUCUACUCAAACGGCGAGCACGCGUACGGACUUAGAGAUAAUCCAACAACUGAUCGCAGGAAAAGACGGCGGCGGAAUCCUCCAUCAACAUCUUCGCCCGAACCAGCUGCCCGAACAGCAAGGUUGAGCAAUAAACCUGAUCGCAGUGAUCCAACUGUGCCUGCUCCGCCCCCUGGUAUUCCUCCCGAUCUGAUCAAGAACGUAGAAACUUCCCUCCAUCAAGCCUCCAAUGCUGUCGAUGCAUCGGAGGGGAAAACGAUAGAUAACCAAGAACCGCUACUAGCGUCUUUGGCCGACACUGAGACCUGGAUGAAGUAUCUGACUCUCGGUUAUGGGACCGCAUGGGGCUCUAAGAAAGCCGCACCGGAUGAGGCUACUCCCACACAGGAAGAGCCCUUAGGGAACGCCCCAUCAGAAGCUCCCAUGCGUUUUGUCGAUCCUGAACCAGACAUCGACCAUGCAGCCGAGAAGUUGAAAGCCCAGAUUCAGCUUGAAAACAUUGGCUACUUCGCCAUAGGUCUGAAAGGUGAUCUAGGAGAUGGAGACGCGGACGACUCCAAUGGAGAAGGCGACUGGAACAAUCGCACGCUCCUACGUACUGUGCAUGUUGAGUUAACGGACGAGGGCAUGCCUGGGACGCCUGGUACUGGUGACGACGACACACCGCAGUUCGAGAAAGAACUCAACCUCAAGAACACAGAAGUCGCUAGGCUGCGGAGACUCCGUCCCGUCAUCUACGUACCAAUUUACGACCUAGUGUACGACCCUCGAACACUCACGGUGCAUUCCAGCAUUCCAAACAUACCAGACCCUGGGACACUCAUUGCGGAAGGCCUAAGCAGCGAUGCAUCGCUGGCAGGAUGGAGCCGCGUUGAAGCGCUCAACGUGCACUCUCAAAUCCUCGCCACUGUAACAAGCACCCGCCGUACACUCUCCGAGAUCGAGAGAACGUGCAAGACGAGUCGCAGCUGGUGGGUAGUUUGGAUGAGACUUCCUCCCUCCCAAGCCACUCCGCCAGAAAGCACGAAAUCAGAGGCGGGUCAAGAACAAGAACCAGAGCAAGAGCAGACGGAAUUCCUCACCAAUCAACUACGGGAAGCGAUUCUGAUUCGAAGAGCGCGCGACGCACCAGCACCCUCUAUCAAGAGCUCAGGCAGCAGGUUUGCGAGCGGCAUCUGGAAGCCUGCGGGUGAGAUGAUGGGUGGUGCAUCGGCAGGAUGGGGGCCCAAAGGGUUAGCUGAAGGUAUUGGGAUUGACGCGAGGAGGUAUGUUGAGGGGCUACUCAGCUUGAAUAGAUGA